CAGUGUCAUAAUCGCUAUUUUACUGAACGUAAUUGUUAAUACUAUUUGGUUAACUUGCAGUCCUAUAAAUCGCAGACCGUUUUCUGUGUGUGUACAAUUUAUGCAGAGACUGCAGCAGAUUAAGUCAUAUUGUGCAUUGCGGUGUAUAUAGUUUCUCAUAUUGUUAUUAUAAUAUUUUGUUAUAACCUUUUUGUCUACGAUUACAAUGGACUUCGUGUGGUCAUAUCAUCAUAUCAUCAUAUCAUCAAGAUGAAUCAGGAUGGACUUUGGCGAAAACUUCAGGAGAUAUUAUAAUAUCUUGGAAACCAUCCAAUGAGUAUCAAGGGAAACUGUACCGUGGUCAGGCAACCAUUGAGGACACCCCUGAAAAUAUCAUUCCUUUCAUGUAUCUUCCAGAGCAUAGAAUGAAAUGGGACAAGUCACUACAGUCUUAUUCCAUUCUUGAGCAUAUUGGCCAGGAGACUUUUAUUUGUCACACUGUCACCCACCGUUACGGCAUGGGUCUCAUUUCAUCCAGAGAUUUUGUUGACCUUGUGAAGGUAAAACGGUACAAUGGAGGAAUAGUCACUACUAACUCUGUGAGUGUUGAUUAUCCCCAAUGCCCACCAUGUUCACCUCACAUCAGAGGACACAACAAUGCAUGUGGAUAUGUGUGCUCUCCACUAAUGGGGACUCCCUCUCGGUCCCAGUUGGAGGUCUACAUCCAGCCUGACUUAGGGGGGAUGUUGCCUCGGACUGUGGUGGAAGCUGCUCUUCCCAACAACAUCAUCGACCUGGUCAACAGCGCUCGGGCUGGGCUGAAGGCCAAGACUAUGGAGAGUACUGGGCCAUAACCAAACAGGUGCUAAUACAUGAACGUUGUACUCUUAAUACCAUGGACAUUAGUCAUGCAAAAUAGGAAUAAUGUGUAAUAAUGAAUGGAAAAUUAAAUACUGUAAGAAAUACAGCAGGUUUGUAAUCCAGAAAACUUUUACGGAGUUUGACUUCGGGAUGAUCCAAAAUGUUUUGAUUAAACAGCUUCUGUUGACACUGCUCUGCUAUCAGUUUUGUGCGAAGCCAGGCAUGUUGCAAUUCAUGUUUUUUUGGUGGACUAAAUGCUGUGUAUAAUAUAUAACCAGUUGUGACUAUGUGAUAACAGUACAACAGGUUAUGAUGUUGUGCUUGUGAUCGGAAAGUUGUCGGUUCAAAUCUCAUGCUGGGCAGAGUGAUUUCACCAUUGGACCCUUGAGCUCUAGAGGCUGGCUUACCCAACCACACGACUCCUUGGAUAAAAGUGAAUGAUACAUACACAAAGUAACACUGCCAGGCUAAAUACAAGGAUAUUCUUAAAAGCAGCAACCAUUUACA